AUGGAGCAGCCAUUGGGGAAGUGUAGAGGGCUUUAACGUAACUGAGGAGGGCUCGCUCUCUCUCUCUCUCUGGAAUAAUAAAGACUAAGUAAAAGGCGACCUUCGGAUAGAAACAUCCAACAUCCGAAAGGUCGAUUCGGCGACACAUAACGUUAACUUGAAAAUCUGUACCAGGACUUGACUCCUUUUGGACACAGUAUCCGAGGCGACAGACUUGAACUGUGGAAGUUGGGAUACGUGCACAUAGCGGAAAAUAUACAGCUGAGCCUGCGCUACAACUACUAGCCCUACGCUAAGCGGCACAACUAGCCACAAAGCUAACUGUAAUUAAGCUGUGAACUUGCCUUCAAAUCACGGGGCUUGAAAUCCAGUCACAAGCCCAGGCUCUGUGAGAAUCCAGGGACUUGCUUAAUGAAUUAUGUCUGCCACAAGCAUUGACCCUCAGAGAUCAAAGGGACAAGCGUCUAAAGUGCAAAAUGGUUCACUGCAUCAGAAGGACACUGUCCAUGACAAUGACUUUGAGCCAUACCUCACCGGUCAAUCAACUCAGAACAACAGCUACCAAUCCAUCACCGACCCCUACCUGUCCAGCUACUACGCCCCCUCCAUUGGAUUUCCGUACCCCCUCAGUGAAGCUCCUUGGUCCACAGGUGGAGACCCCCCUAUUCCAUACCUGACCCCCUAUGGACCCUUGAGUAAUGGAGACCAUCACUUCAUGCCGGACACAGUGUUUGGCCAGCCGGGGGGCCUGGGAAGCAGCAUCUAUCCCCACAGGUUUAACUUUUUCCCCGAAAACCCUGCCUUCUCUGCUUGGGGCACAAGUGGCUCCCAGGGCCAGCAGACUCAAAAUUCGGCCUACGGUGGCAGCUACAGCUAUCCUCCCAGCUCCCUGGGGGGCACCCUGGUGCCUGAUGGUCAGACGGGCUUUCACAGUGACACCCUCAACAAAGCCCCUGGUAUGAACAGCCUGGAGCAGGGUAUGGUUGGCUUGAAGAUCGGAGGGGAUGUCACUGGCCAGGGGUCAGGAGUCAAAGCUGUGGGAUCUGUGAUUGGUGGACCUGCAGUGGCAGCCACAGGGAACGGAGCCACACCUAUUGGAAUGCCCCCAUCCAAACCCACCUCCUGGGCUGCCAUUGCCAGCAAGCCCGCCAAGCCACAGCAGCUGAAAGCAAAGGUGAAGCCAGGGAUGCCUAAUCCAGGGGGAGCUCUUCCCCCACCACCCAUCAAACACAACAUGAACAUUGGGACCUGGGACAAGGGCCCAGUGACUAAAGUAGCCACAGCUCCACUGCAGCAACAGCAGCAGCCUCUUGGCCUGCCUCAUGGAUUGCCACCUCAAGGCCCCAUGCAGCAAGGACACAUGCAGCACCCCCCUCCCCAGUCUAUGGUGCAGCCCCAGAUGCAGCCUAUGGCCUUACAGCCCCAGCCCCCCCAUCACCAGCACCAUCAGCCGCCACCUCAGCCCUACCAAAACCACACCCAGCCCCCACAACCCCAGACCCGCUGGGUUGCCCCACGCAACCGUAACCAAGGGUACGGGCAAGGUGGCCCUGGCCAAGACGGUAGUGGUAUGAUGGGUAUGGUUGGUAGUGGAAGCAAUUGCCCCCAAACUUCUACUAGCCAGGGACCUGGUGCAGAGUCCCACCCAGUUCUGGACAAGCUGCGUGCCUCCCAUAGCUACAACCCCAAGGAAUUUGAAUGGAACCUCAAGAAUGGCCGUGUUUUCAUCAUUAAGAGCUACUCCGAGGAUGAUAUCCACCGCUCCAUCAAGUACUCGAUCUGGUGUAGCACGGAGCAUGGCAACAAGCGGCUGGACUCAGCUUUCCGAGCCAUGAACGGUAAAGGCCCCGUGUACCUGCUGUUCAGUGUCAAUGGCAGUGGUCAUUUCUGCGGCGUGGCAGAGAUGCGUUCACCAGUGGACUAUGGCACCAGUGCUGGUGUUUGGGCACAGGACAAGUGGAAGGGCAAAUUUGAUGUGGACUGGUUGUUUGUUAAGGACGUGCCUAAUAGCCAGCUGCGCCACAUCCGCCUGGAGAACAAUGACAACAAGCCAGUGACCAACUCCCGUGACACCCAGGAGGUUCCUCUGGAGAAGGCCAAGCAGGUGCUCAAGAUCAUCACCACCUACAAACACACCACCUCCAUCUUUGAUGACUUCUCCCAUUAUGAGAAGAGGCAGGAAGAAGAGGAGGAGGUGCGCAAGACUUUUGAACCUCCUCAGAUACAGAACCGCUCUCGGUUGGAUCAGGAGCGCCAAAACAGGAAUAAACAAUAGAAGACAUUUAUCCUUGGCUUGAUCAACAGUUACACUAGAACUUUUGAUUUAAGAGACAGAAGAUUAUGAAAAUGCAACCAAGCCCUUCAUUUUUUUUCUAUUUAAUCCUGGUGAAUCUCUGCCAUUGUCGAGACUUGUGCUUUUUUUGCCCCAUGUACCACCCACUUCUUGUGCAGGGAUAACAAGCUGAUUUAAUGUAUUUCCUAGCCACCACCACACUCUUUAGUUCAGGUUUUUUUUGUUUUAUGUUUUUCUUCCCGUUCCAUCUCGUACUCUUCUCUCACCAGACUGGUUUUCUCUCUCUCCUGCCCCCACCAUCUCUUUUUUCCCAAUUGAAUCAGGGUUUGACUGCACCAUGGAGAAAAAAAAAAAUCUGCCACUUUAUAUUUCAGUACAAUCAGGAACGGAUGUGUCCUGCCCCCAUUUGUCCAUUUGGGGGCAUCAUUGCCAUGCUUCAGAGGUUUAACUGUGCCAACAGGGUUGGAGGAUCCCAAAGGCAAUGUCGGACUUGGAGCUGUGCGAUAAUAAAACUUCAAUGGUUUAUCUAUUUUUCAUUCAGAUCGACAAAAUCUCUAUUUUUUGGCUUACUACUGACAAUUUUCAUUUCAGAAACCUGUUUUCUGGAGCCUUAAUGUUUUUUUUUCUAAUUAUUGGUGACUUCUCAAAAGAACUGCUCAAACAGUGACACUGCUGGAGAAAUCAGGGAUAGUGUGAAGUCACACAGGACUCGAGACAUUUCUAAGGAGGAAUUGCAAAGGCCUCUGGGAACGAAAUAACGGAUGUGUCCUCCACAGCCAGAACUCUCACCAUUUAAGUCAAAAAUUGUACUAUUGACAUCCUUCACACCCCUCCGCUUUGCUUUUUUUUUUACGUUUGUCUUGAAGGGGUCUUUUGUAUGUUUCGUCAGGAGAUUCUGCUUGUGUACGCAACCCAGUCUGAGAGAAUUGUUGCAUCCACCAUUUUAAAUUGUUUUAUAAUCAGAAUUAUGUAAUGAUGUAACUUCUACAUUGAAUGAAAUGUUGCUUUUGCAUUUUUGUUCCACAAAAUGGGGGGGGGAGGGUUCACACAUUUGUCCAUUCACCAUCAUUCUGUCUUAAUCCUCAUGUUUUUUUUGUUUUUUUCCCCCUUAAAUUUGGUUUUGCUAAGUCUGUCAUGUUGGUCGUAAUGCUAAGCUUUAACGUAGGAGCCUAUAUAUUCAUGGAGAAAGCCUAAAAAUGUAUAACCUAAAAAAUUAAUGUAACUGAUUUACUAUCGAGUAAGAAAAAAAUAAGAAUGAAAUGUGGUCUGUGUGUUUUUUGGUUGUUGUUGCAAAAAUAAGUUUGUUGUGGACUGAAACCAUUGAUUAUGAUACAGUAAAGUACUUUCAUAUCUGUUAAUCGGGGGGGGAAAGAUUGGAUUGAAAAAAAAAAAAAGUCACUAAUAGAUGUGUGUGCCCAUGCAUGGAAAGCUGAAAUAUAGGAGGUCUGCUGGAAAUGUUAAACCAUUAUCCAUCCCGCAGCUUGUCUGUGAGGUGAAAGUGGUGAUGUUUAGUUAACGGUCCUUUUUAUAGGUCGGUGUCCCCCUGUUCUCGUGUCAUUUCAUAGUAUUCAAGGCUAUAAUGCAGUUUAUUUGUUGUUGCGAUCAGCAGGUCCUCUUUCGCCUUAAUUAGUUUGAAAAUGUCACGUCAGUAUUUUUUUGUGGACUGUGAGAUUUCCAUGAUGUGGAGAGGAACGCUGCGAACAGACGUGGCUGCCUCUUUCAUGUUGAGGGAUCUUUUCCCGUUUUGACAUGUUUGUGCAUUUGUGCCAGGAGUUGAAACCUGAUGUGGCUUCAUGUCAACCUGAAUCAAAUAAGAUCCCAAUUCACAAUUUUCUGUUAAUAUUUGAAAUGAAACCAACAAUGUGGACAUUUUGCACCUGAAGGCAUUCACGUGAAGUUGUUUGGUCUUUUCAGAUUAUGUAAGUGUGUGUGUGUGUGUGUGUGUGUGUGUGUGUUAUAUGCUCUAUUUUGAUUUUCAGAAGUUUACCCCGUUAAAAUCUUGAGAUGGCAGAAGUAUUGCACUCUGCUGAGGUCACUCGGGUGCGAGUAUGAACCAUAUACUUCACAACCGUAUUUCUAGAUGUGUGGAGCUGCAUUGUGUUUUUUUUACCUGGCCCGUUAAAUCCCUUGUAAUCCAGAGAACUGACCUCUUUACAGGAUGCUUUCUUCUCCAUACCCCUCACCUUUUUACCUGCACUAAUCAAUAGCUAGGUUGAUCCCAAGCAAUACGGUGAAUACCCUUCACAUGUUUGCCUUCACCAACGCCGCUCUCUCCAACCGGCGUAGAGUCGGGGGGAGGUGAGAAGCUAAAGGAUGCCACCGAAGACUGAGUCGCAGCCACAGCUGUCUUUGCCUCAAGAAGCAUGAACCGGUUUUGAUUAUAGUAUAGGGCUUUCAUGCACGUUAACCAUAACUGUCAAGACAAUGUUUGUUGCAAUAGAGGGACGUCAGGUUAGCUAUGAAAGUACAUGUAUCAACACUACAAAAGGAUUAAUGACAUGAAAUAUUAACUAAAACAUUGAUUACCUUCUAGACUGCAGUUGUAGUGAGCAUAACCUGUUCAAAAGAUCUAUCUUGGUUUUUCUUUAUAGAAGGAACCAAGCCUUAAUAAACUGUCCAUUCAGAAAUGA